AUGAGUCUCGCGUAUGGAGCCACCGGCACGUCUGCCAUUGCCCAAGAGAACGAGGUCUCGCUCAUCAAAGAGCUUGAGAAGGACGGCAGUGAUGGCGAGAGGUCCAUGAGCGAGCCUGAGGGUGUCGCUGAGAAGGGAAAGGUUUUUGAAGUCGCGGACCGUGAGACGCACUCCGAAGAUGGCAUCGAGAUGCUCUCGCAUGAAGUGCAAUUCCCAAUCGACCCAACCGCGCAAGAGGAAACACACCAACUCACCUUUCGAGCUGUGUUCGUGGGAUGUGUUCUUGGUGGUGUAAUAGCCGCGUCAAAUGUAUACCUGGGCCUCAAAACUGGCUGGACCUUCUCUGCCAGUCUCUUCGGCUCGAUCUUUGGCUUUGCGAUCCUCAAGCCAAUGUCUCGAGCGCUCCCUGACCGCCUGGGAGGAGGCUACUUCGGGCCCAAGGAGAACGUCUGCUGUCAAUCAGCUGCAACGGCAGCUGGCUCACUAGGCCUGCUGUUCACCAGUGGGUUCCCAGCCGCCUACCAAUUGGGGUUAUUGUCCACGCCGAAAGAAGACUUUGGCAAGCUUGUCACGUUCACCCUAGCUUGCGCCUACUACGGCAUGUUCUUCGCGAUCCCACUUCGAAAGCUGUACAUCUUGAAGCAGAAGCUGGCAUUCCCAAGCGCGGUCGCUGCUGGGUUCACCAUCAGAAGCAUGCAUGCAGGCAAGAACGCAGAAGCCAACGCGAGGAAGAAGGUCUGGGCGUUGACUACAGCCUUCUGUAUCGCGAUCACUUGGCGAUGCGUCAGUGAGUACGCUCCAGGAAUCCUGUGGGAUUGGCACUGGGGCUGGACGCUGUACACCUUGGGCUGGCAGCAGGCGAUACGUGUUGAGAACUGGCACUGGGUUCUCGAGUGGACACCUGCAUUCAUCGCAGUCGGCUUUCUGGCAGGACGCAAUGCUUCCUACUCUGUCUUUGGUGGAGCAGUGGUCGCUUGGGGUGUCAUUGGCCCCACUCUUGUGUCCAUGGGCGCUGCUUUCGGCGAAGGCGUGUCUCCGGAAUAUCCAGGCUACAUGAACUACAUGAACAUGGUUCUGGAAGAUCCUGUCAACAGGCCGUCUCCGAGAUACUGGCUGAUCUGGCCUGGAACAAUGAUGCUGCUCGCAGGUGCGUUCGCCGAGCUCGCCGCUCAGUACAAGUCCAUCUACGCAUCCAUGGUACAGCUCUUCGGACCGCUGCUCCAGAAAGUCUUCCGACGCAACAAAGAGGCAAACGAGGAUUAUCUGAUCGAGGAGCCGUGCACGCGUGAGGAGCUGGUUCCAACAUGGAUGUGGGGUGGCGGCAUUGUCUUGAGCAUCAUCUUCACCUGCUUGAUCAUGGGUCUCCAGUUCAAGCAGAACGUCGGCGUCACCAUUCUGGCAAUUGUUUUCGCUUUCAUCUUCAGCUUCAUUGGUGCCGAGAGCGCGGGAAGAACAAACAUCAACCCCGUCACAUCCAUCGGUAACGCCUCCCAGCUCGUCAUCGGAGGCACAACAUCGGGCCAUGGCAGUAUCCAGAGCCAGCAACUUCUCAAUCUCACGGGCGGCAUGCUUGCGCUAGGAGCCGCAGAACAGGCCACCGACAUGAUCCAGGAUCUCAAAACCACCCACCUUCUACGGGCAGCUCCGCGGGUACAGUUCUAUGCGCAAUGCUGCGGCGCCAUCGUCUCAGUCUUCAUGUCCGUGGCGAUGUACGUUCUCUUCUCCGAGGCGUACCCCUGCAUCAACGACCUGGCUCUGUCGGACAACUGCACCUUCCCAGCCCCAGACGUCGGAGCGUGGCGAGCGAUUGCCGUCGCAGUGACGAGCAGUUCCCUUCCGGUCCCAUCGAGCUCGGCGUACUUCUCGCUCGCGCUGUUGAUCUACGCCUUCGUGCAGACGUUCGUCAAGUACCGCUUCAUCCCGGCGAAGUACCACUGCUACGUGCCGAACUUGGUGGCGAUGGGUAUUUCGUUCAUCCUCAACACUACGGCAUAUCCCAACGCAAUGGCGAUUGGCGCGACUGUUGCUUGGAUAUGGCAGCGAGGCUGGCCGGCUGGGUUUGGGAUGUUCGGCUACGCGGUGGCCGCCGGGAUGAUAGCUGGAGAGGGGUUGGGAGGCAUUGUCGGCGCUAUUCUUGAGAUUGCUGGUGUGGCGGGGAGUUAUAAGGGGACGGCUAUUGGGUGUCCUGCUCUGACUUACUGUGGUUGA